AGCGCGAGUGAGUGUGCCCGGUGUGCCCCGCGUGUGCUUGGAUGUGUGGGGGUGUGUGCAGGGGUGCGAGCCCAGGGGAGCGUGUGCUGCCCUUUAUCCAUGGGGAGAGAAGGCUUUGGGCAAAAUCGCCGGAAACCCCAUGGGAUCUGCUUGGAAAUAAUGGAUUAUAAAAAAGAAAAAGGAGGAAAGGAGCUGCCCUGAUCACCUCUUGGAGUUUGCUACCCCGAAUCCGCUGCUGCUGCUGCUUAGUUUUGUUGUGCUUCUUUUUUUUUUUUUUUUUUUUUAAUGUGUGUGUGUUUGUUGGUUGUGGUGAUAACCUUUUAGCACCUUCUCUCUUGAUUUCCCGCCCCCCCCCCACACCACCUCCCCUCUCUUUUUAAUGUUUUGGAGCUUCUCGAGAGGGAUUGGCUGGGGGGAAAGAGAAACAUUUGCUUGGGAUCGCUGUUUCCCUGAUACAUGGUGGUGCCCCCUCCCCCCCCUCCCCUUUUCCCCCGGUUCUCUAAAAAAGUAUCCCAUCAGGACCCCGGAGGAGACUGUGAGUGUGUGUGAAGGCUGAGAAUCCCAAAAGUUCUUCCAAAAUAGUGUGCGCGGGGGAGAGGAUGGGGGAUUUCGCAGCCCCCGCUGCCGCCGCGAAUGGCAGCAGCAGCAGCAUCUGCAUCAACAAUAACCUGAGCAGCAGCCUCGGCGGGGCCGGUCUCGGGGUUAACAGCACUCCCCACGGUCCUCCUGCCUCGGCUCCCGGUAACAAUAACGCCAGCAGCGGCGGCAUUCCCAAGCACAGCACGGUGGUGGAGCGGCUCCGGCAGCGCAUCGAAGGCUGCCGGCGGCACCAUGUCAACUGCGAGAGCAGGUACCAGCAAGCCCAGGCGGAGCAGCUGGAGCUGGAGCGCAGGGACACCGUGAGCCUCUACCAGAGGACCCUGGAGCAGAGGGCCAAGAAAACGGGCACGGCGGGAGGCACCAAGCAGCAGCAGCAGGGCAAACAGCAGCAGGAUGCCGAGCCUGCCGCGGCGGAGCAGAGGAACCACACGCUGAUCAUGCUUCAAGAGACAGUCAAAAGGAAGUUAGAAGGCACACGUUCACCUCUCAAUGGAGAACAGCAGAAUGGAGUUUGUGACGGGAGCUUUUCUCCAACCAGCAAGCGGAUACGGAAGGAUGUACCAGGCAUCGAGGCAAUCAACAGCUUGCCCAAUAAUUUGCCUUUGCCUUCUGCUUCUCCUCUUCACCAGCUUGACAUGAAAGCUCCCCUGCCUCUGCAGAACAGUGGAACUCAUGGUAGUGGUCUAGACGACUUGGGUAAAAAUGGUGGGCUUUCUGAGAUAAAGCUUCCUGUUAAUGGUUGUAACGAACUAGAUGAUAGUUUUAACAUCCUGCAGAACAAGGAGCUAAAGCAAGAGCCUUUGGAUGACCCCAGCUGCAUAGACACUUCUGAAACGUCUCUUUCAAAUCAGAACAAGCUCUUCUCAGACAUUAACCUGAACGAUCAAGAGUGGCAGGAGCUAAUAGACGAACUAGCGAACACCGUUCCAGAAGAUGAUAUACAAGACUUGUUCAAUGAAGACUUUGAAGAGAAGAAGGAGCCGGAAUUUCCUAGGCCUGCUACUGAGGCUCAAGAGAGUUCAAGCGUGAAAAGCGAUCCAUCUCAUUCUCCAUUUGCUCAUGUCCCAUUAGGGUCUCCCCAGGUGAGGCCUUCUUCCUCCGGUCCUCCAUUUUCAAAUGUCUCCACAGCCUCCAGCAUCACGUCUGUAUCCAGCGCCCCUCCAGCUCCAAUCCCUGCCGGCUCACCAGCAAACUGUGUUGUUCAGUCACCUCAAACUCCCAGUCAGGCUCACACUCCGGGCCAGACGCAGACGAGGUCUGGGAAUGGCUAUCUCAUGAAUCCAGCAGCAGCACCUGUAGCAGGAUCAGGACCUGGGCCUGUGAAUAUGCCAAGCGCCGACUUGUCUCCAGCUGAACAGCUCAAGCAAAUGGCAGCCCAGCAGCAGCAAAGAGCUAAGCUCAUGCAGCAGAAGCAGCAGCAACAGCAGCAGCAUCCAAAUCAGCCCUCAAGCUGGUCACCUGUGGGCCCUCCAUCUAGUCCAUACGGAGGACCCUUCAGUGCAGACAAACCAAAUAGUCCAAUGAUGUAUCCCCAAGCCUUUAACAACCAAAACCCAAUAGUGCCUCCUAUGGCAAACAAUCCACAAAAGACCACAAUUAAUAACUACCUCCCUCAAAAUCACAUGAAUAUGAUCAGUCAGCAGCCAAAUAACCUGGGCACAAACUCCUUAAGCAAACAGCCCAAUAUGCUUUCUUAUGGCAACACCAAACCUCUGACCCACUUCAAUGCUGAGCUGAGUCAGAGGAUGACCCCACCAAUGGCAAAUCCUAGCAAGAACCCCAUGAUGCCGUACAUCCAGCAGCAGCAGUCCCAGCAGCCGCAGAUGCAAGCUCAGAUGGCGCACCUGAGUGAGGAACAGAAACGCAUGCUCAUCAUGAAGCAGAAAGGAAUGAUGAAUCAGUCUGUGGCAUAUGCAACGCUUCCUUCCCUUGGUCAGGAGCAGCAUCAAGUGGGAUUGUCUCGGACCGCAGGGACUAUGCAGCCUUCUGUCGCAGCAGGUUCCAGCAGUGUGGUCACAGGCACAAGCUCUGGGGGUCCCUUCCUAGGAAACCAACCUCAAGCAGCCCUCAUGAAGCAGAUGCUGAUUGAGCAGAGAGCCCAACUCCAUGUGAUAGAGCAGCAGAAACAGCAGUUUCUAAGAGAGCAAAGGCAGCAGCAGCAGCAGAUCCUAGCAGAGCAGCAGUUGCAGCAGCAGACACAUUUGCCUCGGCAGCAUCUGCAGCAGCAGCGGAGCCCGUAUCCAGUGCAACAGGUCAAUCAGUUCCAAGGUUCUUCCCAGGAUAUAGCAGCGGUGAGAAACCAAGCAGCUCUCCAGAGCAUGCGGACAUCCCGGAUGAUGGCCCAGAAUGCGAGCAUGAUGGCAUUGGGUCCCUCCCAGAACCCAAGCACACUGCCCUCGACCGCAGGCCAGUCAGACAUGAGCAUGGCUCCCUACAGCAACGCCUCUUCCAGCCAACCAGGAAUGUACAGUAUGAGCACAGGGAUGAGCCAAAUGUUGCAGCACCCAAACCAAAGCGGCAUGAACAUGGCACAUAACACGGGCCAGGGAACAAGGCAGCCUGCCUCUGGACAAGCGGUGGGAAUGGUCGGCAAUUUUGGUCAGAACAUGCUGGUAAACUCUGCUCUUCCCCAGCAUCAGCAGCAGAUGAAAGGACCUGUCGGCCAGGUUUUAUCCAGGCCACAAGCACCACGACUUCAAAACUUGAUGGGGGCUGUCCCUCAAGGAACACAAAACUGGCAGCAGCGAGGCUUACAAGGUAUACCUGGAAGGACUAGCAGUGAAAUGGGGCCCUUCAAUAACGGCACAACGUACCCAAUGCAGUCUGGGCAGGCACGGCUGUCCAAGCAACAUUUCCCACAGGGGCUUAAUCAGACAGUUGUGGACACGAGUGGCACAGUAAGAGCCCUGAAUCCAGCGAUGGGAAGGCAGUUGCUGCAACCACUACCUGGGCAACAAGGAGCCGGCCAGGCCAGGUCAAUGGUAAUGCCCGCAAUAAGCCAAGGGGUCCCCACCAUGUCUGGCUUUAGUCAGCCUCCAACGCAGCAAAUGCCAGGUGGUAACUUUGCUCAGAGCAGCCAAGGUCAGGCCUACGAGAGGAAUCCCACUCAGGACAUAUCUUACAACUACAGUAAUGAAGGAGCUGGGGGGUCAUUCUCCAGUUUAGCAGAGGGCGCAGACCUUGUGGACUCCAUCAUUAAGAGCGGACCAGGGGAUGAGUGGAUACAAGAACUUGAUGAGUUGUUUGGAAACCCCCAAUGAAUGGGCUUGUAUAGUCUGGAGCUUUGGUUGUUACGUUUGAAAAAAAAAAGAAAAGAGAGAGUUGGAUGUUCUCCCCAUCCUUGGAUUGUUGGGUUUUUGUUUGAAUUGGUUUAGGGUUAUUUUGUUUUCUUUUGUUUUUAAUUGUGCAAACUGAGCUGAUCUGUAGCCAACUUUGGAAGAUUCAGGGGAUGGUGAAAACAUCGGCAUCCCAAGACUUCCACGAAGCAAUCUCUGUUCUGUGGCAGCAUCCACUCCGUGUGUGAGUGGGGCAGGAUGGGGAAACUGGAAAAGCCAGGUGAUGCCUCUGGUCGGGAAAACUUGCUCUUUCCCCACUGAAAUGAGGCUUCAUUGCACAGUACUAUGGGGUGGUCCUGAUAUCUCCCACCUCAUGUGACCGUAAACACUGCAACUUUCAGGGGAGCAGAUGAAAACAGCCAGGAGCAAAGCUUAAAGAUGUCCAUGGGCGAUUGCACAGGCCUGGUCAGAAAUGAGCUUAACCUUGGGCGGAAGAAGGUCUCGAUGAGGCACAGCCAGGCCUGCGAGGCUGGCUCUGGGCUGUCACCAGGGAACGUGCAGCACGCAUGUGACAAAUCCAAACAGGCACAAGGAGGUCACCGUUUUCACUGCAGAGUGAUCAAAAUCCUAUAGAAGUGUAGGAGACCAUAAGUUUGGCAGGGUGGUGAGGGCAGUUUAAUUAUGGGACUGCUGCUGGAGAUGGCUUAGGUGUAUGGGUUAACCGAAUGAGCUGUUUAGUCCCCUCAGGACUCACAAUAGCACUUCCCUGCCAGAGCACUUUGGCAUGUAGCUGCUGCCUGGGCACGCAGAAUAGCAGCUACCAAUGGGAUUGAAGGGCUAAGAGGUACCAAGAGACAUCAGCGUAGGUCCUAUGUGGGUCCGUCUCCCUCCUUUCUCCCCAAUAUGUUUUUGGUUCACUCCUUCCCUUCCUGUCCUUCAUUGUAAAGCAAGGUGAGCUGGCUGCGCUUCUUCUCAAAUGAGCAACAACUGCCACAAGGGAGCAGGCGGGGAAGGAGAAAAUAGGCGUGAGAAAAUGUACAGGGAGGUCUUGGCACACAGAAUGAUUUUCUCCUCUCUUGAAAAGUGGAAGGUAGUAUUACCCUGGAGCGACUGGGCUCUCAACGUGGUGUUAUGUGCCACCCAAUCUUCAGUUUUAAACAGAUGCUUGGUCUAAUCUCUCUGAUUUGCUGGAAUAAAAUUCAUUGCAGUAUUUGAAGAACAGGAACCAAUGAAGGACUGCUGUAAAGAUCAUUUGCGAAUGGGUAAAAUAAUCAACGUAAUUGUUACAAACAUUGGAGUCUGCUCAAAUAAGCUUUUCAGUAAUACUGAUGUAUCACUCUUUCUACUGGGUGGACCAGUCCUGAGCCACACUGUAAUGAAGUUGUGAUAUGUCUCGCACAAUACUGAGACGACAGCCAUUCGGGAAGCCUAAAGCAGUGGUUCCCAGGCUGCAGGCAACCUCUCCUCUGAAACCUGUCACCUAGUAUUUUUAACUGAGAGCUACUUAUCAAAGUAUAUAGUGAUGCACAAGAAAAUGUUAAUGUGAUCCAUAGUCCAAAAAGUUUGGGAACCUCUGGCUUCUGUGAGCCAUAAGAUGUGCUCUUUAGUGAAAGUCUAGUGUACAACUGCCAGUACCAACUAUCCAAGUACCAAUUACCUCCUUGUGCGCUGCCCUCUUUGCAGCCGGCGAUGCGAGGUGCUCAGCUGCUGAAAUCCACGGGAGCUGAGGCGCUUGGCACCUAGCAUUAUUAAGUCCUGCCUUUCCCUAUGGAGCACAGAUAUGCAUCAGAUUAAAGAGUGGGAGCAAAGCAGGACUGGAACCACGUUAGCGCCCCGUUACGAUUCCCUUACAGGGCUUACCUGGACAAGGGGAAGUAUCUGUUUUAAACGGUGUAAUGUAAGCAGGACAGGCUGCAUUUUUAUCACAGAACAGUUGGUCACGGUGAGCUAUAUUGAUAAUCCAGCUUGAUUAUUGAUAAUCCAGCUUGCCCUGACUGCUAAUUUUUUAAAAAGUGCUUUAGUUGCAUCUCUUUUUAGCUAAAAUGCAGCACAAGGACCUAUUCCAGUUCCUACUGAAGAUGUUAGAGGUUUGUCCUUCCACUGUUUCAACUGGAGCCAGGUUGGGCCCUAAUUCAGUGAAAUUGUGGUAAGUUGCUCUAGUUCAGACUAGGGGUGGGCAAACAAUGAGAAAUAGUUCCCUGAGGGGAUGAGGGUGUCGUGCUUAUACGUGUGUCUGCAUCAGCACGUGGGCAAGGGAGCAACAAGCUGGUGCAGCCCAUACCUGGUGUGACAGAGGUGGCCGGGGGCGAGGAGGCAGCGAGCUCAAUGUGCUUGGCACAGCAUCCCCUUCUCACGUGCGAGUGGCUGGGGGUCACCUGCCAACGCAGAGCUGGGAGAUGGGGGGUUGGAAAUACACAGCCAACACAUGGCAGCCACGUGCAAAUCCGUGUGCAUGGGGGAGAUACAGGCUUUGGUGAAUAAACGGUGAAGAAGACUGAGUCUCUGUUGUCUUUGUAAAGCUUCCUCCAAAUACUUCGUACUGGGACCAAGUACUAGAGAGGUAGAUUUUAAUAGAUUUGGGGUUUGUUUUUUUUUUCUUUUCUUACUAUGGUGCUGAUGUAUAUGUAAUGUUAAAAAAAUUAUUUGUAAAUAUGUUUUUACAAUUCUACAGAUAUCACUGGGUCUACUAUCUGUAAAAUAUAUACAUAUAAAUAUAUAUAUAUAUACUGUUUGUUUAAAAUAGAGUAUUUUUAUUUCAUUCCUUAACUCAUCCUUACUGCAGUGGUAUUGCACUUCAGAUGACGUCUAUUUACUAAUUUGUACUGUAUCCCUGACAGCAACUUGCUCCAUUUUAUUCAGAUUUUUCUAGUUUUCUGUUUUUACUUUGUACAUUAAGCAUUGCUUAUUUCCUUUUAAGACCUGUACAGAGCUCUGAAAAUGUAGAAAAAGACCUGAUGUUAUCACACCACUUUUAAAGAAAAACAAAACAAAACAAAAAACAAACAAAUGAAAAAAAAACCCACAAA